AUGUACAGGUGUCAGUGGGCCGAUUGCAACCAGAAGUUCGUCUUCAUGGAUCAGCUGGUCGGUCACGUGAAUGAGAAGCACGUGUGCGUCGGAAGGUCAGAGGUUGAGUAUCAGUGCAAGUGGGAAGGUUGUCCCAGGGACGGGAAAGGAUUUAACGCCAGGUAUAAAAUGCUCAUUCAUAUUCGAACACAUACCAAUGAAAAACCACACAAAUGUCCCCUUUGUGGCAAAUGUUUUUCACGCUUGGAAAACCUCAAAAUUCACAACAGAUCUCAUACAGGCGAAAAACCUUACUCGUGUCCGGUGCCUGGGUGCAGCAAAGCUUAUUCCAACUCCAGCGACCGGUUCAAGCACGUGCGCACCCACCAAGAAAAGAAGCCGUACGUUUGCAAGAUGCCCGGAUGUAGCAAACGCUAUACAGAUCCAAGCUCAUUGCGCAAACAUGUGCGCACGCAUGGCCACUACUUCCGGCGAGAGAAUCGCCACGUCGGCUACCAUAAACCGUUAUCGAACGUGAAACCCGUCCGACUCCAACUCCACGGUCUCUCUAAGCUCCAGACUCUAGCCAGAUUGGAAUCGUCUUCAGUGACGCCCGCGGAAAGCUCGUGGACAGGGACUUCUGGUCAUCGCAGCAAUGAUCAUCGUUUUGACUCACUUUCGUCGCCAUCCAUUUUCUCUGUUCCCAUGAGACAUCAGGCUAACGCCGUGACUAAUCACAAGAACAAGGUUACGUCUCCCAGAACCUGUAACCAGAUUGCGUCAACAAAUUUGCGCUAUGUUAAUCCGUACGAUACAAACCCCCAAGAGAUUCCUUUAGACUUAUCCUUAACAAAAGUAAUGGGCAGUUCAUAA